AUGGCUGUAAAACAAUUUUAUUUGCUGGGAGAGCCUAGCUCGUCAGCACGGAAUGUCGAGGUGGAUUCAUCUCUUGACGCCGAAGGACUUCAGCAUUUGAUUGCUGGGCAUUUUGCCAUUGUUGAACCUAGCGGCAUCUCGUUCCAAUCUGACGAAUCGACCCUUUUCACUGUGCCAGAGGUUCUGGCCACCGAAAAUCCCAUCGCUAUCACGAUAGAUGGCAAAGCAGUUCGAGAAAUUCCCGGACCAAAAGGCCUUCCUUUUGUAGGAAACUUCUUCGAGAUCUACCCCGACCACUUGGGCAACCACCAGCGCCUGUUCGAACAGUAUGGCCCUAUCUUUCAGACCACCAAUAUGGGCCGUACAGUUUACCACACCAAUGACCCUCUCUUGUCAACGAUUGUGUUUGCCGAGUCUGACUUCUUCACGAAGAAGAUCAACGAGGCUCACCCCUUGUAUCCCAUCAAGAACAAGGAAGCUGGUGUUUUCCUUGGUGAUACCGAUACCCCCGAAUGGCGCGCCGCUCACAAGUUCCUUCCCCCGGCCUUAGGGCCCAAGGCUGUGCGCCACUAUGCUCCCACCAUGCAGGAAACGGUCGAGGAUGCUUUUAAGGUGUUUGAUCAGCUCGAUGAGCAGAAGGAGGUGUGGAAUGUCUACCAGUAUAUGUUGAAGCUAGGCUCGCAGGCCGUGGGCAAACUGGUUCUCGGGAUCGACUUUAAGCACUUUACAACGCCCGAUGCUCCCCCGCACGAGCUGGUGUACCGUAUUGCCGAGUCAUUAGAGCUGAACAAAAAGGUGACUGCCCGAGGCAAUUGGUACGCUAAGCUGCCUUUCGGUGAUCCUCAACGUCUGCGCGAUGCCAGAUGGCGCAUCAUCGAGAUGGUCGAGGAGUCGAUUCAGAAUGCGGCUCGCGGUGGCAUCGAGGAUCUCCCUCUACAGGACGCAGCUUUGCAAGCAUCCAACAUGAUCGACUACGCCAUUCGUGCCACCGACAACAAGGGUGAAAAGUUGCCCAAGGAAAGUCUCAUGUCCGCCCUAGUCGUGGCCACCGGUGCCGGCUUCACAACCACCAGCUCCCUCCUGUCGUGGCUGCUCUACUCCUUGGUCACCUACGAUGGUAUGCAAGAGCGUCUCCUUCAAGAACUUAUUGACCAUGACAUCGACGCCGACACUCAACUCACCGCUGACCUCACCGACAAACUCACCUUCAUGGACUACUUCAUCAAAGAGACCCAGCGUCGCCAUAACCCUUCCUACCAACCGGCCCGCACUGCAAAGGUUGAUAUGAUCCUCCCCGGCGGAUACCGACUGCCUCAAGAUGCAAUUGUCAUCCCAGCUCUACACCACGUCCACAACAACCCCGCUGUUUGGGAAAACCCCGCUCGCUUCGACCCCGAUCGCUGGGACACGGAGAAGGUCAAGAAUCGCCACAAGGGCGCAUAUAUCCCCUUCGCGGCCGGUCCGCGUAUGUGUAUCGGGUUCAACUUCGCUCUGCAGGAGGUCAAGGUCUUCUUGCCCAAAUUGGUUUACCGCUACAAGUUCACCAAGGAGAAUGACGGGCCGAUCGAGUACGAUCCCAUGUUCCAGCUCAUCCGCCCAAACAACCUGUACGUGCGUGCUGAGCGACGCGUGAAGUGGCCGUUCAAGAGCGAGUCUGCUUAA